ACGUUAUGUAGUUACGCAAAGACAUGAGUUCGUUUAAAGGGUUUCUCAAGGGGUUGUUGGAUAAUGAAGCGCGCCUUCAUUGGAUUGCGUAAAUCAAGCGCUGCGGGGGCGACGCGAGGUUUGGGAUCGUCCGGGCAGUCAUGUAGUAGAGAGAAAGAGCUGAACGCGGACAGAUUAACGCGACAUGGCUCCAUUACUUCUCAUUAUUAUAACUUUUGUAAUUUCUCUCUUUAUAGUGUGGAUGUGUGGAGACUGGCGCAGAAGACGGAUAGGAGAGCCUCCUUUAGUCACCGGUCUUCCCUUCAUCGGCGUAACUUUGGAUUAUGCCAAAGAUCCUCUGGGCUUCAUAAAAAAGACUCAACAGAAAUAUGGGGAUGUCUUCACGUGUAAGAUCGCCAGAAAGUAUUUCACUUUCAUCACAGACCCUUUCUCUUUCUCUCAGGUAGUGCGGCAGAGUAAAAAUCUGGACUUCCAGAAGUUUGCGAUGGGUUUCUCACAGAGGGUGUUCGGUCACGCUGAUUUCACCUCUCCAGUGUUCAGUGAGAAUUACAGAGAAGUUCACUCAAUCUUCAGACAAACGCUUCAAGGUCCGUCGCUGGAGCAGUUAUCACAGAGCAUGCUGGGUAAUCUGCAGGUGGUUUUGAGACGAGGCCUAUCACGUGAGCACGGCUGGGUGCAAGAGGGUCUGCAGGACUUCACGAACCGCAUCAUGUUCGAGGCAGGCUUUCUCACUCUGUUCGGAAAGGACGCCGGGCUUCUUCAGUCCGAUGGCGGCAGGACGUGCAUGCGGAAAGCAGCUCAGGACUUUUUGGUGUUUGAUCGUGCAUUUCCUGCGCUGGCUGCGGGCGUUCCCAUCGGACUGUACGUCCCGGCGUGGAGAGCGAGGGAAGCUUUAGCGGAGGAACUUCUGCACGAUGAACUUCAUCGCAGGAAGUGCAUCUCGGAUCUGAUUCAGCGCAGGAUGGAUGCGUUUGACCGCAUGCAUCUGGACGAGACGGGUAAAGCGCGAACACACGUGUGCAUGCUGUGGGCAUCGCAGGCUAAUACACUGCCUGCAGCUUUCUGGAGCCUUUACUAUACACUGAGAUGUGGUGAUGCUCUCACUGCCGCUCGAUCAGAGAUCAACAGAGUUCUGUCAGGUCAAACAUUAAAUGAUCCGGAUCAACCCAUCAGUCUGACCAGAGAACAGUUGGACUCUAUGACUGUAUUAGAAAGUAUUAUUGAAGAAUCUCUUCGGCUCUCCAGCGCCUCCAUUAUGAUCCGUGUGGCCAAAGAUGACUUUACUUUAACGCUGGACUCAGGUCAGACUGUCUGCAUUAGAAAAGGAGAUUUCAUUGCUCUGUAUCCGCAACUCAUACACCUGGACCCUGAAAUCUACCCCGACCCAACAGAGUUCAAGUACGACCGUUACCUAGAAGACGGAGAGAAAAGGAAAAGUAAUUUCUUCAAAAAUGGCCGACGACUAAAGCAUUUCCUGGUUCCGUUUGGUUCUGGUGCCAGCGAGUGUCCCGGUCGUUUCUUUGCAGUAAAUGAAAUUAAAGAAUUCAUCGCAUUGGUUCUGUGGUUUUAUGAUCUGAAACUUGAUGACAUCAGCAGCACCCUGGUUCCUGACAGCACCCGCGCAGGCCUGGGUAUCCUGCCACCCUCACGAGAUGUUCUUGUCAGAUACAGAAGAAAAACUGAGACCACAGGAUCAAAGUAACUACAGUGAAUAUUAGGAACCUCAGAGAUGAAAAGCAGAUUUUUGAUAUAAAUAUGUUGAAAGCAUAUUGUCUAUGCCAAAGUAAUUUAUGGUAUUAAUGAAAAUGCAGCAAUUUGUAUGAUUGGGCUCAAAGGUGCCGUAGAAUGGAAAAGUGUAUUUAUGCAGGCAUAGAUGAAUAAUAAGAGUUCUGUAGAUGGUAUGACAUAUCAUGAGCCUCAAAGCCUUCUUUCCUCCUACUGUAAACCUCAUGCAUGCAAAAGACCGCUGGAAAACAGACCAUCUUAACAUAACACUAACUGUGACGUUACAUUCAUGACCCCAACAUUAAAUUACACAUUAAAUUAAGUACAAUGUUGUUAUAAUGCUAAAAACAAAGUUGUGACUGCUGACUUAGCGUUAUAUGCUAGUUAACGUUAUAUGCUAGUUAACGGUAUAUGCUAGGUCCACGGCAUGCUAGUUAGCGCUACACUGAAAAAAUGAUUCAUUGAAUUUAAGGUAAGUGGUUGCAAUCAAUUUAUUUAAGCUACAUUUAAACAAAAAAGAUUAGUAGAGUAAAAUAAAAUAUAAAACUUUUGUUUAAAUGUAGCAUAAAUACAUUGAUUGCAACCACAUACCUUAAAUUUUUUUUUAAAUUCAAUGAAUAAUUUUUUUUCAGUGUAUAUGCUAGUUAAUGCUAUAUGUUUGUUAAUGCUUUAUGCUAACGUUUGGCUGAAGUUCUACUAUUGACGUUACGGUUACGUUUUGCACGUCCAUACUGAAAAAACACAAACUUAUCACUGAGAAACGUCCAUUAACAAUCUCCAAACAACUGAUUAAUCCUCAAAAUCUGUUCCAGACUCAAACAUAAGAUCUGUUUACACACACACAGAGCUACUGAAGGAGCUGCUCUGAGAAUCAGCCAAUCAGAGCAGAGCUCAACAUUAUUAUUCAUGAUCCUUUCAAAAAGGACAUAAUAGACCAUUUCAUUCUAAAGGCAAAUCCUAGGGUUGUAAAUGGACAAGUAAAACCAUCUCUGGAUAAUUUUUGCACUUAAUAAAACCACAAACCUUCUAUGUAGAUAUCAGGGAAUAAUUUAACAUUCCAAAGCAUUCUUUGGCACCUUUAAAGGCACGAUAUGUAGGAUUUUCAACCACUAGAGGUCGAUAUUACACAAUAACAAAAGUCGAAAAUGAAUGUAAUAUGAAAUUCGCUGUUCAUGUUCACAGAUAAAGUAAAGAAUUAAUGUUUUUUUAAAUCAAAUUAUUUAAUGUCAUCGCAAUAAACCACCAUUUUUGCAUUUGUCCACUAAUUUCUACAACUGGAAACUGAAUAUAGCAUGGAUAUUAAGUCUCUAAAACGGUGACAAUUACAAGGAGAUGAGGGAUUUCGCUGGAUUUAUAAAAUCCUUGGGAACUUUUGGGGUAAGGAAACUACAUAACUUCAUGAUAUAUCACACUGUGCAAGUGAUUUUUGCUUAUUUUAUUUCAAAAAUCUUUUAUAUUGUAGCUUUAACAGCACAAAAGUUUUGCAUCAGUGACUGUAGUUAGUUUGGGCAUGUAAUGAAUGUUUUGUUAGAUCAAGAAAAAAUGUGCAAAACAUUUUAUUCAUAAAUGUGUGACAUAUUUAUUUGCCUUAAUUUCAUUCCUGUGGUUUUAAGUUUCUUUAUUUUGAAUAUAAGAUCUGGCUUGUAAACGUAAAUCAUAUAAUAAUAUUUAUGAAGAGCAAUGCUGCAUUAUGCAUUUACACAUGAGCUAUCAAAAUGGACCAAUGUGAAAUCUUUACUGUUCUGUUGUUAGUUUGUGUGUUUGUUUAGUUGCUUGAUGUUUUUGGUAUUGAUGUGCAUUUUUCUUUUAUUUUUAUACAGUUGACCUCUUAUUUAAAGGGCCUGAACUUUAGCCAAACUGGAUGUGUCACAUAUAUCAAAACCUUUAUUUUAAACGUUUUAUUACGUUUAUUAUUUCUGAGUUUUAUCUUGUUAUUUUCAUUUUUAUUAUGUUUACAUGUUGUAGUAAAAAUUGCAGAAGACUUUUGAUUUGAUUGGAACUGCAUAAAACAAACAUCACCAAAUAAAUCAUCCUAAAAACA